UAUACAUAUAUAUAAAUGGAGGUUCAAGAGGAGUUGGUGAUGAUAAGUGUGAGAGAGUUGGAUCUAAAAAAAGAUAGCGCAGCCGUGGAAGAGUUAGAGAGCAGGUGUGAAACGACAGCUUCCGCAGGCAAAAUGUCUCUCUUCACUCAUCUCUUGGGUGACCCCAUUUCCAGAAUCCGCCACUCGCCCUCCUUCCUCAUGCUGGUAGCCGAAGUGGGUGUCGAGAAAAAGAUAGCAGGGAUCAUCAGAGGUUGCAUAAAAACUGUUACUUGUGGUCAAAAGUCGAUUCGUUCAGUCUCACAUACUAAUAAAAAUGGUCAUGAUAGUGCUACUGCUACUCCACUUUGCGCCAAGUUGGCUUACAUUUUGGGACUUAGAGUCUCCUCUUCUCAUAGGCGAAAAGGUAUUGGGUCGAAGUUAAUCAAGAAAAUGGAAGAAUGGUUCAGAAAAAACGGGGCAGAAUAUUCGUACAUGGCCACUGAGCUUGAUAAUGAAUCAUCACUAAACCUCUUCACCCGAAAAUUCCACUACACCAAGUUCCGCACUCCUUCCGUUUUGGUCCAACCCGUUUUCGCUCACCCACUCCCAACCUACAAAAACCGAGUUACCAUCUUCAAACUCACCCCAACCGACGCCGAGUCACUCUACCGCAGCCGAUUCUCCGCCACCGAGUUUUUCCCGAGCGACAUUGAUCGAGUUCUCAACAAUAAGCUCCAUCUCGGGACCUACGUGGCCGUUCCGGCAGGGUCUUACUCGUCCGAGUCGUGGCCGGGUUCCGCCGGGUUCUUGUCUGACCCGCCCGAGUCGUGGGCGGUCGCCAGUGUUUGGAAUUGUCAGGAGGCCUUUAAGUUGGAAAUCAGAGGCGCGUCGCGUGCACGGCGUUUGGCGGCUAAGGUUACGCGCGUUUUGGAUAGGGCUUUGCCGUGGAUGAGAAUCCCGUCGGUGCCGGAGGUGUUUAGGCCGUUUGGGAUGGUGUUUUUGUAUGGUUUGGGAGGAGAAGGCCAACGUGCGGGGAGAAUGGUUAGGGCGCUUUGUGGUCACGCGCAUAACAUGGCGAAGGAGUUGAGGUGUGGAGUGGUGGCCACUGAGGUGGCUAGUCGAGAUCCGCUGAGGUUAGCGAUUCCGCACUGGGAUAGGCUAUCGUGCGCCGAUGAUGUAUGGUGCGUAAAGAGGCUGGUGGAGGGUUACGGGGAUGGGCCUCUUGGGGACUGGACCAAGUCCAAAUCGGGCCUCUCAAUAUUUGUCGAUCCAAGAGAAGUCUAAAACUUUAAAAGAGAAUAUUUUGCAUUAAUUUCUUGGGUAUUUUUUUUUCUUCAUUUUUUAAAGUAGAAUAUAGCAAAAGAGCACUUGUGGUUGGUUCUGUAGAUUAUACACUGAUACAUAUGAGUUUCGCAUUAUCUAAUUCGGACGAUAUGUGGCGUGAUUCUCACACUGUUAUCAUUACAAAUAGAUCAACGUAGAAGAUUAUGGUUGGUCUCCUUUUAUUAA